UAUACGAGUUUUAAUCAUGUCUGGAAGUACAUAUGUAUGUACAUCCACCUCGUUACUAGUGUUUUUUGUGAAUGGAAAAAAGGUCACGGAAACCUCUCCGGAUCCGGAAUGUACGCUUCUAACGUUCCUGCGGGAGCGGCUUCACCUGUGCGGCACCAAGUUGGGAUGCGCGGAGGGGGGUUGCGGCGCCUGCACGGUGAUGGUGUCCCGCCUGGACCGCCGUGCUCACCGGAUCCGCCACCUGGCCGUCAACGCCUGCCUCACGCCCGUGUGCGCGAUGCAUGGAUGCGCGGUGACCACGGUGGAGGGCAUCGGGAGCACCAGGACGCGGCUGCAUCCAGUGCAGGAGCGGCUGGCCAAAGCACAUGGCUCCCAGUGCGGCUUCUGCACUCCGGGCGUCGUGAUGUCCAUGUACGCCCUCCUUCGCAAUCAGGAUCAGCCCUCCAUGCGGGACUUGGAGGUGGCCUUUCAGGGCAACCUGUGCCGCUGCACCGGCUACCGACCCAUCCUCGAGGGCUUCAGGACCUUCACCAAGGAGUUCGCCUGCGGCCUGGGUGAGAAGUGCUGCAGGGCUGGUGGCGAUGGAUGCACCGACACCGAGCUCUACCAACCCAGCGAGUUCCAGCCAUUGGAUCCCACCCAGGAACCCAUCUUUCCACCCGAACUCCAGCUAAGUGACGCCUUCGACUCCCAGAGCCUGAUCUUCAGCUCCGAACGGGUGACCUGGUAUCGUCCCUCCCAUCUGGUGGAGCUCCUCCAACUAAAGGCCCAGCAUCCGGAAGCCAGGCUGGUGGUGGGCAAUACGGAGGUGGGCAUCGAGGUUAAGUUCAAGCACUUCCUGUACCCUCACCUGAUCAACCCAACCCGGGUGGAAGAGCUGCUGGAGGUGAGGGAAUCCCAGGAGGGCAUUUAUUUCGGGGCCGCGGUCAGUUUAAUGGAGAUCGACUUGCAUCUCCGACAGAGAAUAGAGCAGUUGGCAGAAACGGAGACACGUUUCUUCCAAUGCGCCGUGGAUACGCUCCAUUAUUUUGCCGGAAAGCAGAUUCGAAAUGUCGCCUGUUUGGGCGGAAACAUCAUGACCGGAAGCCCCAUCUCCGACAUGAAUCCGCUGCUCUCCGCUGCAGGAGCUCAACUGGAGGUGGCUAGUUUUGUGGACGGAGUGUUCCGAAGGAGGACCGUCCACAUGGGAACUGGCUUCUUCACCGGCUAUCGCAGCAACAUUAUCGGAGCCCAGGAGGUCCUUCUGGGCAUCCACUUUCCGAGGACUACCCCGGAUCAGCAUUAUGUGGCCUUCAAGCAGGCCAGGCGAAGGGUGGAUGACAUAGCCAUCGUGAAUGCAGCUUUCAACGUUCGAUUUGAGGAGAAGUCAAACGUGGUAGCGGAGAUUUCGAUGGCCUUUGGUGGAAUGGCUCCUACAACAGUGCUGGCACCCAAGACCUCUCAGUUGAUGACUGGUCGGGAGUGGAAUCACCACUUAGUGGAGCUCGUGGCCGAGAGUUUGUGUACGGAACUACCUUUGUCCAGCUCUGCUCCCGGGGGAAUGAUCGCCUAUCGACGAGCCUUGGUCAUGAGCUUGUUUUUUAAGGCCUUCCUGGUCAUCUCCCAAAGGCUGAGCAAGGCUGGUAUUAUAUCCUCCAAUGGAGUAGCCCCCGAGGAGCGAAGUGGUGCCCUUGUCUUCGAGACUCCCGUCUUAAAGAGCGCCCAGCUCUUCGAGCGCGUGUGCAGCGAUCAGCCCCUCUGUGAUCCCAUUGGCAGACCCAAAGUCCACGUCGCUGCUCUGAAACAAACCACUGGAGAAGCCAUCUACACAGACGACAUUCCUCGAAUGGACGGGGAAGUCUACCUGGCAUUGGUGUUAAGCACCAGACCUCGGGCGAAGGUCACCAAGUUGGAUGCCAGUGAAGCCUUAGCUCUUCAGGGAGUUCAUCGGUUCUUUUCGAGCGAGGACUUAACAGAGUAUGAAAAUGAAGUCGGUCGUCUGCGUCAGGAUGAGCACGUGUUUGCCGUCGGUGUGGUCAACUGCUGUGGUCAGAUCCUGGGCGCCAUUGUUGCGGAUAACAAGGCAUUGGCUCAACGAGCCUCACGGAUGGUGAAGGUGGAGUACCAGGAUCUGAGCCCAGUUAUCGUGACCAUAGAACAGGCCAUCGAACACAACUCCUUCUUCCCGAAUCAUCCUCGAACUCUGACCAAGGGAAAUGUGGAGGAGGCCCUGGCUCGGGCGGAUCAUACCUUUGAAGGCACCUGUCGAAUGGGUGGACAGGAGCACUUCUACUUGGAGACCCACGCGGCUUUUGCUGUUCCGCAGGAUAGCGACGAGUUGGAGGUCUUCUGUUCCACCCAGAAUCCCUCCGAGAUUCAGAAGCUGGUGGCGCGAGUCACCUCGCUUCCUGCCCACCGCGUCGUCUGUCGAGCCAAGCGCUUGGGUGGUGGCUUUGGCGGCAAGGAGUCCAGAGGCAUCUCGGUCGCCCUCCCGGUGGCCUUGGCCGCCCACCGGAUGGGUCGUCCUGUGCGCUGUAUGCUGGACCGGGAUGAGGACAUGCUUAUCACCGGCGCCCGCCACCCCUUCCUGUUCAAAUACAAGGUGGGCUUCACCAAGGAGGGCCUACUCACUGCCUGCGACAUAAAGUGUUACAGCAACGCCGGCUAUUCCUUGGACGUGUCCUUGGCGGUUAUGGAGCGAGCAAUGUGCCACUUUGAGAACUGCUACCGAAUACCCAACAUCCGUGUGUUUGGACGGAUGUGCAGGACCAAUCUGGCUACAAACACGGCCUUCCGCGGCUUCGGGGGACCGCAGGGCAUGUUCGCCGGAGAGCACAUCAUCCGGGAUGUGGCCCGGGUCGUGGGUCGCGAUCUGGUGGACGUGAUGCGGCUGAAUUUCUAUAAGACGGGUUACUACACGCACUACGAGCAGAAGCUGGAGCACUUCCCCAUCGAGCGGUGUCUGGAAAACUGUCUCAACCAGUCGCGAUACCACGAAAGGCGCUCGGAGAUCGCUCGAUUCAAUCGGGAGAAUCGCUGGAGGAAGCGUGGGAUGGCAGUGGUGCCCACCAAGUACGGCGUCGCGUUUGGAGUGCCGCACCUGAACCAGUCGGGUGCCCUGGUCAAUAUCUAUGCCGACGGAUCCGUCCUGCUGUCCCACGGAGGCGUGGAGAUUGGCCAGGGACUGAACACCAAGAUGAUCCAGUGCGCUGCCAGGGCCCUGGCCAUUCCGGCCGAGCUGAUCCACAUCUCGGAGACGGCCACCGACAAGGUGCCCAACACCUCGGCCACGGCGGCCAGUGUGGGAUCGGAUCUGAACGGCAUGGCUGUCCUGGAGGCUUGUGACAAGUUGAGCCGACGACUGGCGCCGAUCAGGGCGGCCCUGCCCGGCGGCACCUGGCAGGAGUGGAUUCGAAGGGCGUACCUCGACAGGAUCAGCCUCUCGGCCACCGGAUUCUACUCGAUGCCGCACAUCGGCUACCACCCGGAGACGAAUCCCAGUGGCCGCACCUACAGCUACUACACGAACGGAGUGGGCGUCACCGUGGUGGAGAUCGACUGCCUGACUGGCGACCAUCAGGUGCUCAGCACAGACAUCGUCAUGGACAUCGGGUCGAGUCUGAAUCCGGCGAUUGACAUUGGCCAGAUAGAAGGGGCGUUCAUGCAGGGCUAUGGCCUGUUUACCAUGGAGGAACUGGUCUACUCACCGCAAGGGAUGCUCUGCACCAAGGGUCCGGGCAUGUACAAGGUUCCAGGAUUUGCCGAUAUCCCCGGAGAGUUCAAUGUAAGCCUUCUGACAGGUGCCCCCAAUCCACGGGCUGUGUACUCCUCUAAGGCAGUAGGGGAGCCCCCUCUCUUCAUAGGAGCAUCGGCUUUCUUUGCCAUCAAGGAGGCCAUUGGAGCUGCUCGCCAGGAUCAGGGCUUGAGUGGAGACCUUCAGCUGGAGGCACCUGCCACCUCGGCCCACAUUCGAAUGGCCUGCCAGGAUAAAUUCACCGAUUUGCUUGAAAAACCCGAGGAGGGAGCCAUCACCCCUUGAAACAAUGUGCCAUAAAUAUGAAAUUCAUAUACUUUAAAAGCCAGCUUAAGAAAUAUGUUGCGACGAUUUUAAAUGUAUUU